AUGGGCAAGCGGGCGAAACCCGAACCCAGCGGCGCCAGCCAGCUUGCGGGUCGCGGCGGCGGCACUGUGGGCCGCGGUGGUGGCGCGGGGGGCCGUGGUACUAAGAAGUCCAAGAUGAAGGCCGCCGCCGAGACGUCGAAGGAGUCCCAGGUCAUAGGGCCGUUGGUAAUCAGGACCAAGAGCGUCGACCUCACUGGCCCCAAGGGUUCCUGCGGACGCUGUGGCUUCAAGGAGGACGCCGAGCAUCCGUUCCCCGACGUCAAGUUCCCAGGUGGGGAGAUCAAGAAGUUCCCCUUCGGCUGCUCAUUCCACGUCCGUGGCUUUGUGAAGGGGAAGUUUUGGAUGGAUUACACUUGGCCUACUCUUUGCGGGGCUUGCGAGAAUGACAGCGAGUUGGCCGACUCCUUCGAGGCGUGCUGCCAGGCCGCCGACGGAAAGCGCUUCUCGGCCACGUUGCCGCAGGACGUCACGAUGGGCACGCAGACUGGCAUCACGGUGUACUCGGACUGCGUCCUCAUCACAGACGCCCAGUACCAGACCGACAUCGCCCCUGCAGGGGCGCAGAGCUUAACGCCGCAGCAGGCAGGGGAACGUGCCACAGAAGUGCAGAACGAGCACAAGGGUGAUGCGGUCACGGGGACGCUAGCCUUGGAUGCGACGUCGCCUUAUCUCAAGGUGCGCAGGUUCACCACCACCCUGAACACCCGCAGCGAGAAGGCUCUGUCGGCCGACGAUUGCUGCCGUGAGGGCGCGGCUUCGUCAUUGGAGGAGGCCGCCAACAAGCUCAUGCGCGAGCAGAUGCCCAUUACCUUGAGGGGGAAUGUUGGGAUUCCGACGGUGGCCGAGCUCAAGGCCAGAGCCUUGGGUGCGGCGCGGGGCCUCGGGCUGAUUACCGAUCCGACUCCUCCAGCAGCUCCGACGGGGAAGCUGGCCAUCGCCGACGGCAGCGUCGACGACGGCGGCGGCGCGGCCGCGCUCCCUCCAGGCGACGUCGGCGCGUCGCAGGGUCCAGCGUCGCUUGGACCAAACACCGACGACACCAGGCCGCCCAGGUCCGCGUUCGACAAUGCCAUCCCAGUGCCUGAUUCGGUUCCAGCUGGCGCUGCCCGUGGCUCCAUGGGCGACGACGCGGGGCCGCUGCCGUCAGGUGCCAGCGACCACAGCCGCGGGGCCUCCUCGAUGAUGACAUGGACGCCGCCGUCCGUCAAGAAGCCUGGUGUGGCAAACGACGCUUCGGAGAAGGCGAGGCUGAAGGAGCUCAAGGAUUCGAUCUCCUUGGGGCGCAUCCUCACGAAGGGUAAGGACCAUGGCAUCGGUGAUAAGAUCUACGCGCUUCGGCGCUGGAAGCCUGAUAGCGACGUCUUGGGCGGCGAGAAGGACAACUACCUCAGCGACAUCGACUGGUGCACGACUCUGGGUGGGAAGGCCAUCGAACAAAUGGGGCAGGAUACCCGCCUGCGGCUGCUCGGGAACAUCAAGCACGUGGACCUCUCGGACGCGGUUCCUUUCAAGCUGCAGCUCUGCGCGGUUGCGGCCAAGGAGAUGUUCGACGUUGGAGGCAAGGUCGAGAUCUGCAUUCCCUGGGAGCAGUGCGCGGGCGAGUUUUCGAUGCUUCAUCCUCGGUUCUCGGCUGCUGGGGUGCCUGACGCAGAACUCGUCGAGACGGGAUGGACGUUCUUCAUCAACAAUUUGGUUUUGCCGUACACCAAGCAGGAUAAGAUCCACAACUCGUGGAUGAUGGACCUGAUCGAUCAAAUCCUUCCUCGCGUCAAGUCCGAGGCGGUUCGCGAGGAGGCUGGCGUGUGCAAAGACCUCGCGAAGGAGAUCUACGUGCACGCCGAGCCCCUCCGCAUCCUCAUAGACCCCUCGCCCACAGCGCUGCUGGAAUGCGAUAUCAGGUCUGAAGUUCGCAAGUUCCUUCGUGAAGAAGCUGGGCCUGAGCGGCGCGUGGUCGCGACGACCUUCGGCUCGAAGUGGAAAGCGUGCCUUGAGGAGUACAACCGUUCCUACCACACCGACGUGAAGUACGGCGAGAAGGUCUCCUCCGUGGAACGGGUGCUCGGGGGCGUUAUCAAGACUCUGACCGUUCAAGACAUUUCUUCGAUCAUCGCGAACCUGAAGGAGUGGGGCCCGUUGUUGCGCCUGGGUGCUGCGAGAAACAUCAUGAACCAUUUCCGCGACAAGCUGGAGGACUUUAUCAAGAAAUCUGUGCUCGCGUCGGACAUCGGACACCAGGCGGUGCCAGAUAUCGAGGGAGUGACAAAGUUGAACUUGGAGUUCCUCGAUCUCCUGAGCCUCACCCCGAAGCUGCGUGCCAUCUCUGAGGACACGGUCCAAGCAUUCAACAAGAUCUAUGCCGACCUGGAGAUGUUCCAGGAGAAGGUGUACAUCAAAGGCAAGAGCGACAAACUUGUGGAGGCUUGCGACGCCUACGAUCCCAAGCGCGAUGAGACAGUGCAGAAGGUUGCCGCCGCUUUGACGGAAUCUCAAGGCACGCACUUCGGCUCGGGCGAGGUCGUCGCCAAGCUCAUCGGAUGUGCUCGGACUUGCUUCAACCACGUUGUGCAGAUGGGCCUCGACUUCACCGCAGAAGACGAGACAACUGAUACCUGGGCCGAGACCGCCGAGAUGAUGAAGAAGAUGCUGGCAGUGGCAGCUGGCGCGGUCAAUCGCAUCGGGGAGUUCGACGCUGACGCGCGAGAGAUCCACAGGCUGGUGGUCACCAAGAUGAUGCUGAUCCAAUUGGUGCUGUCCAUCGGAGCCGUCACCGCCCGCAAGCCGUUCGCCGACUUGCACGUGGAUCUUGCUGAUGACGCGCAGGAGGAUCCCGAGCAGCCGCAGGGAGAGGGGGCCUCGACCACGCAGGGUGCGGAUGGCUCGGACGGGGCCGACGGCAAGAAGACGCCCGAGGUUACGAUACUGGCCGACUUCAAGGCUUUCGAGGUCCUCGCCAAAGUGGCAAUCAAGACAGGCCGCGACUUGCUCAAGGAGUUCUCGACGGUGUACUGGGACCUGGUGGCGGACGCCACGGAGUACGCUGUGAAGGAGAUGGAUGCCUUGAGCGGCGGCAUCAUGAACGGCGGCGGCAAGAGCUGGACGGACGGCGCCUCCAGCUUGCAGAACUGGGAGGAGGUCCUGACCCAGAUCAAGGCCACGCUCUUCAAGCAGAAGGGCUUGGCAACCAAGGCGCGCGCGCUGAAAGGCGACAUACUCAAGCAGCUUGGCGAGCUCAAGAAGACGGCCGACGAGCACGGCAAGAUGAGCGAGUUCGGUGGCCUCGAGGCGUCGGCGCUCAAGGCCGUGGGCCGCGCGGGGGCCACGCUGUUCGAGGCGCGCUUCGCUCAGCUCGUCAAGGGCGGAGUCCACGCGAAGGACCACAAGGAGAGCUUGCUGGCGUUCAGGGAUGAGCUGCACGACGCGAAGUACUUCAAGGAGAAGGACAUCCACCCAGUGAUCGCGGCCAAGCUGGAGGAGAUGCUCACGCAGGCCUUCAACGACACGUUGUAG